AUGGAUUUCGAUUUGGAGUACAUAUACAAGCACUAUGUUGAGUCGUCCGACGGGUCAUCUGACGAGGAGGACUACAUGGAUGAGACGGUGAUGAUGCAUGUGGUCCUUGAAGACACGGAGCAUGCGGAGGAGCAUGUUCUCAAUUUCAAGGGCUCGAUCAAGGGUCAUCGACUGCUCAACCGCAACAGGGCGCACGACCAUUUAACACUGAUGGCCGACUACUUUACCCCCGAUGCGCUAUUCGCUGACCAUUUUCACCGGUGUUUUUCAAUGCGCAAGACUGUUUUCGAUUGUUUGUACCAUGGUGUCCGGUCCUAUGAUGACUACUUCAUCUUGAAGAAGGACAUCGUGGGAACGAUUGGGUUCUCUGGUUACCAGAAGUGCGCGGCCGCGCUCAUGCUUGCAUAUGGCACGACCACUGAUUCCUGGGGCGAGUACCUACAGAUGUCUGAGAGCACAUGCGGAGAUGCCAUGGUCAGGUUUGCAACUGUUGUGGUGGAGGUGUAUGGACCUUAG